CUACCCUUGCUUUUCAACUCUGGGCUGUUAGUGUUAGACACCGUGCUGCUCUCCGCAUACUCAACUCAUUGGAAAAGCUAUUCCGUGAAACACUGCAGGCAGAUGAGAAGGCCACACAGAAGAAUCUGAUCAAUACUACAUUCCCUAUCUGUGACCAUGACUUUAUCAGUUGACUCAACUGUGUACUGUUGGCAACGGCCAAAAGAAGAAACUUCACAGCUGGAAUCAACACCUCUCUUAUCCUCUGACAAACCGAGGCAGAAACAGAAACACAACUGGGACAGUUGGAGGGUUGUCUUUCCUAGUAAUGCCAGAUUUCAAAAGGAGUUGGAAAAAGUCUUGAAGACAUAUUGCAAAAAUAGGAUACGAACAACAAAAUACACUUUGCUGAGCUUUUUACCUCAAAAUCUCUUUGAACAAUUUCACAGGUUGGCCAACGUCUACGUCCUCCUCUUGGUGGUCAUCAACUGGUUCCCACAACUGGAAGUUUUUCAUAAGAAUAUCACAAUGAUACCUUUAGUUGCUAUGCUUUUAGCUAUAGCAGUUAAGGAUGGCAUUGAAGAUUAUAAAAGAUACAAACUGGAUCAGCAGAUCAAUUCUUCUAAAACAAAGGCAUACAAUAAGAGCCGAAACACCUACAUUGAGAAGUGCUGGAAAGAUGUUCAAGUGGGAGACUUUGUGCAGCUGCAAUGCAAUGAGGUCAUUCCUGCUGAUAUUCUACUGUUAUACUCCUCUGAUCAGAACAGGAUCUGUUACUUGGAGACAGCAAAUCUUGAUGGUGAAACCAACCUUAAACAAAGACAAGUUGUGAAAGGCUUCUCCCAUCAGAAUACUGAAUUUGAGCCAGAAUUGUUCCAAAAUAUCAUUGUUUGUGAAAAACCUAACAAUGAUCUCAAUAGAUUUAUAGGCUACAUGGAACAGCCUGAUUGCACACAAAUUGGACUUGACAAUGAAAGCCUUCUUCUUCGUGGUUGCAUAAUAAGGAAUACAGAAGUUGCAAUAGGAAUUGUUAUCUAUGCAGGCCAUGAAACCAAAGCUAUGCUGAAUAACAGAGGUCCUCGGUAUAAACGCAGCAAGAUAGAACAACAGAUGAACAUGGAUAUAUUCUUCUGUGUGGGACUGCUCUUCAUCAUGUGUCUCAUUGGAGCAUUAGGUCAAAGUGUUUGGAAUGGACGUUUUCGCAUACAUCCCUUAUUUAUCAUCCCAGAUGUAAAUGGCAAUUACCUUGCUCCAGCUCUUGCAGGUUUCUACACAUUUCUAACAAUGAUCAUCCUUUUACAGAUCUUAAUUCCUAUCUCCCUCUAUAUAUCAAUUGAACUAGUCAAGUUGGGUCAAGUCUUCUUAAUUCAUAAUGAUAUUGACUUGUAUAAUGAAGAGAAAGAUUUGCCCAUACAAUGCCGAGCACUCAAUAUCACUGAAGAUCUGGGACAAGUUCAGUAUGUCUUCUCUGACAAAACAGGGACACUGACGGAGAACAAGAUGGUAUUUCGAAGAUGUACAAUUAAUGGGAAGGAAUUUUCACAUCAGGAAAAUGCUAAGCGGCUGGAUUCUUAUAAGGAACUUGAUUCAGAGAAUGAAGACUGGAAAAAACAUUUGAGCCUCCCCUCCAAAGUUGGAGAAACAACCACACUAACACAGAAAAACAAUGCUAGGCCUUUGCAAAGAUGUCAUAGUGCUCGGCCCCAUUUUCAGGGACAUGCAAGAAAGAAAUAUCAGGGUCUCUGGGGAAUAGCUCCAUCUCAGGUGGCAUUUAGCAGCACCCUUGAGAAAGACGUGACCCCUGACAACAGACUGCUGAUGAAAAUGAAGAACCUCUCAUGCCCACCAGAAUCUUUGAAAUCCUUUACAGCUGGAGGGACCACCUCUUCCAUCACAGACUUCUUUCUUGCUCUGACCCUCUGCAACAUGGUGGUGGUCUCCACAGCAACUGAACCAAGGCAAAGGAACUAUUUUAUGCACUCAGAAAAGUCCUUGUGGUUGAGCAAAGAAAUACAAUGCUCAGCUUUCUCCCUCCAUCAUCCCUUACAUUCUAAAUCAGAGGUCCCCAAUCCCCAGGUGCAGACCAGCACUGCCAAGAACCAGACUACACAGGUUACAACUCCAUCACUGAUGAAGCAGUCAGGACUCUCCCUGGAGAAAAUUCACCAGCUGUUCCAGUGGCUGAAGUUGGCAAGCCUCAGCCAGACAUCGAUUCAAUCAAGUUCAGACUUAGGAGAGAGCAUUAACACUGAGAGCAGCACAGCCUCUGCUGAAUCAAAUACAAAAGAUGAAUGUCCUACUCAAAGCUGUUCCAGCUUAACAGAUGAUGACAGUCUUAGAAGGGAGUCCUUCAGUGAGAAUGACCUCUGUGGGGUUUCAGAUCCUUCUCCAAAUGAGAGGAGCUUUGCAGGCAGAGACCAUGGGCCUUUGCAGGGAGAAUUUUGUUAUGAGGCAGAAAGCCCAGAUGAAGCAGCUCUAGUCCACGCAGCCCAUGCCUACCAGUUUACAUUAGUCUCCAGAACUCCUGAACAAGUGACUGUAAGGCUGCCGGAAGGGACUCUUCUGACCUUUGACCUCUUGUUCACAUUGGGAUUUGAUUCCAGCAGGAAGAGGAUGUCGGUGGUAGUGAGGCAUCCCCUCACCAAAGAAAUCAUAGUCUAUACCAAAGGGGCAGACUCCGCCAUAAUGGAUAUAUUGGAAGACCCUACCAAAGCUAGUGCAGCCAUGGAAAAAAGGAUAAGAAGAGUGAGAACACAAACACAAAAACAUUUAGAUUGGUAUGCACGUGACGGUCUGAGAACUCUAUGCAUAGCAAAGAAGGUUUUAAGUGAAGAGGAAUUUCAAAAAUGGCUCAACUUUCAUCAUGAGGCAGAAGUAGCUAUGGAAAACAGAGAUGAACUUUUAAUGGAAGCAGCACAACAUCUGGAAAGUAAACUCACUUUAUUAGGAGCAACAGGGAUUGAAGACCGGUUGCAAGAAGGAGUGCCUGAUACCAUUUCUGCCUUCAAAGAAGCUGGAAUCCAAACAUGGGUAUUAACUGGAGAUAAGCAGGAAACAGCUAUCAACAUUGCCUAUUCUUGCAAACUUCUAGACCAAAGAGACACUGUCUUUACCAUUAAUACAGAAAGUAAGGAAACUUGUGAAUCACUGCUGGAUAUCAUGUUGGAAGAGGUGCAGAAGGGUCAAGUAAUUCCUAGAAAAAUAUGGAGUAUUUUUGGCUUUAAGAUGCCAUUUUCUUGGUCAACCACAGGAUGUCCAAAUCCGGUGAUUGGACUAGUAGUUGAUGGGAGAGCUCUGAAUACUAUUUUCCAAGGACACCUCGAGCAUAAGUUUCUUCAGCUUACAAAAUAUAGCCACUCAGUUUUGUGCUGCCGAUGCACUCCCUUGCAGAAAAGCAUGGUGGUUAAACUUGUACGGAAUCAGCUGAAAGUGUUGACCCUUGCUGUAGGUGAUGGUGCAAAUGAUGUAGGUAUGCUCCAGGCAGCUGAUAUUGGAAUUGGCAUUUCUGGACAAGAAGGUAUGCAGGCUGUCAUGGCCAGUGAUUUUUCAGUAUCUCAGUUUAAGCACCUCAAGAAGUUACUUCUAGUCCAUGGGCACUGGUGCUAUUCUCGCUUGGGAAAGAUGGUGCUAUACUUUUUCUAUAAAAAUGUGACCUAUGUCAACCUUCUCUUCUGGUACCAGUUCUUCUGUGCUUUCUCUGGGGCUUCUAUGAUAGACUACUGGCAAAUGAUAUUUUUCAACUUGUUUUUUACAUCUGUGCCACCAUUAAUUUCUGGAGUUCUGGAUAAAGACAUUUCUGCAGAAACUCUGUUGAACCUUCCUGCACUUUACAAAAGUGGACAAAACUCAGAGAUUUACAAACCUCUAACGUUUUGCCUUGCUAUCUUGGAUGCCUUCUACCAGAGUCUCAUUUGCUUCUUUGUCCCUUAUCUAGUAUACCAGGAUUCUGAUACUGAUGUUUUCGCUUUUGGAACGGUAGUCAACACUGGUGCCCUUCUUACUAUUCUUUUUCACCAAGCUUUAGAAAUUCAGAUGUGGACCCUGUUCCAUGGGAUUGCAAUAAUUGGGAGCAUUUUGCUGUACUUCAUCUUCUCAUCCAUCUACAAUGCAACCUGUGUCCUUUGUAACCAUCCCACAAAUCCCUACUGGAUUAUGGAGAUGGAAUUUUCAGAGCCAAGCUUUUAUUUCACAAUCGUUAUUACGCCAGUCAUAGCACUUCUUCCAAGAUAUUUUAUAUUGGCUCUACAAGGGACUUUCAAAAUAUCUUGCAUCCUGAAAGCACAACAACUGGAAAAGUUGCCAAAAGAACAACAGGACUGGGAAAUAAAGAAAUGGAAGCUGAUAAAAGAAGGCCCAGCAAUUCACAGUAAUGUUCCUAGUCAACUCAAUGAAAAUAUCUGUGAUCAUGCAGCACUUGGGCUUCCUGAGACUAAUGUUCUUCAGGGGCUUGGGCCUCCACAGAAAGAAAUGCUUGGAGAAAGGACUUUGAAUGAGGAAGCCAAGGACGAUGGCAAAAGAUGCAUCCAGGAAGAGACUGGACAACUUUCAGCUGUGGAGCCAUUUACUAGCCAAAUCCCACAGAACACUGAAAGUUCUGCUCAGCGAAGCCAUCGGAGGUCUGUGAGUGCAGUGACUUUGUGAAGGAGGCACAGCUUUCAAGGAGGAAAAGUAAACAUUGACUGCUUUCCCAACACCUGUGGCUUCACUCUCCAUGAAUAAAGGCAAUGGAAGGAACAAUAUAAUUCCUGUUUAUGUUAGCAUAGCAGCAAUAUCUGGAUGGGAGACCUAAAAUAAAAUUUCACCAGCAUACCGAGAAAUUGUGUUUUGACUGUACAGUGCAAGACAUCAUGGAAGCAUAUGGCUAUAUAUUUCUUGUGGGGAGGAAAGGGGCUCAAAUAGUUUGGUGGACAAUUGCACAAAAUUUCCUUUGUGGGAACUUGAAAAUAGACAAUAUUUGUAGGGAAGGGCUGUUUCUUUUUUCCAGUGAAAUUUCAGAAUCAUGCCUCAUUUCUGCCUUGCUGAAGAAUAGAAGUUAUAUAGCUUCCAAACUUCAACAUUUUAGAAUAAAAUGAUUGUGUUUAAAGAUAUAAAGACAUAAACUAGUAAUCUAGGUAUUUUAAGUGGGAAUCCAAAACUGUUUUGAGGUUUUUUUAAAGAAAUCUGAAAUAUACUGUAUGUACAUAUGUAACAAAUAUUGCAUAUAGGUAUAUGUGAAAGACUGCACAUGCCAAGUUGUUUUUUAAUGGCCAGAUAGUUAUUUAGUUAUUUUAGGUAACUAGCAACCUAGUGAUCUAAUUCCAUAUUUGGAAAUAAUAUUUGUUGAUUUCUGAGGAAUUAUCAUCCAAGAUGUAUUUUUAAGAUCUUUACCUCUACUUUGAAUGGGAUGCCCAGGAAGGAAGGUGGAUCAGGGAUCUAGAAAGUAAAGAGAACUCCUAGGAAGAGAGAGUGAAGGAAGGAACCAAGGAAAAGUAAAUCCUAUUAAGAGAGAAUGAGGGAAGGAACCAAGCCAGUUCAGCCUUGAAAUGGGCAUAAUAGCACCGUUUGAACAACUAAAAGAAAGUUUCACCAAAGGAAGUCCAGACCUGUUCUCUAUUACCUGGAAUUAUAAAUUUAAGCUGUGAGAAGGCAGUUUUGGUUGAAUGUUAUAGGAAAAGAUAAUUCCUAACAGUAAGAGCAUUUCAAUGGUGGGGGGGGAGAGAAGAGAAGGAGGCACAUCUUUUCUCUAAAUGUGUCAAAGCAGGGCAUGCUUUCAUUUCCCACACUGAAUGAAGGUUAGGCUACAUAUUCCAAAUCACCUUAUUGUCUGGAUUCAUAAGAAUGACAGCUGACUUCCCAGACUGGGAAUACUCAUACUUUCAUCUCAGGCAGAAUCAGUACCAAAGGUAUGACUUCUGUCACAUAAAGAAAAAAAGCAUGUGCCCCAGCCUUUUCUUCUCCUUCUCAAGAAAAAGCCUGGUGUUUUUUUUAAAGCGGUUGCAAGAGUUCUGAUAAAAAGCUGGAAUUAUCAUCUGAGGCCAGAGAAAGUCCAGAGGAAAACAGAGGACUUUGUUUUGGGAUACCCCUAAGCAAAAAAGAAAACAUUUAAGCAGAAGCUGUAUUAAUUGUUAAUUUAUUCUGUCUGUUUCUGUUUUAAGUUGAGUAUUAUUUAUAUCUCUACCCAAGCUCACUAAUCCUGUCUUGUAUGCAUAUAGCAUAUAGCAUGUGUUAUGAUCAUUUUUUCCCCCAGGAAAUCCUCUGAGUUUAUAGUAAAACUCGGAACUUGGUGAAUUUAUGAUAUGGUAGUACCAUUACUGUAAUUCCUUUUUAAAGUUUUUGCUGUCCAUUGAUUUGAGAAGCUCUGACUUUACCUCUUUCAAAAUGUUAAC